AUGGUCAAAGACCAUGAUGCAAACCCGGACGAGGUGGUUGUCAAUGUCGAAGUCAAGGAGGGUGCGGCUCCAACAACAAUCCAAGAUCAGGAUGAUAAUGGUGGAUCGUCGGCUUUAGCAGAUGAAAAUGAGGACAUUGUCUCGGUACAACAUUCCGGCAUUGUUGAAGCCAAGCUCAAGACACGAUUUCAUGAGUCUUCUUCGAAGCUCGAUCGAUCGUUCUUCAUGGCUCGCCUCGUGGAUGGGCAGCGACGUUACGAACAGACCCCUGUCGAGGGAGGAGGCCCGAUCCGCAAGCCAGGAGGCGCAGAAUGUCAACGGAAACCGGGGAUGGUUUGCAGCCAUGAUGCCUGCACUUCCUUCUAUGGAAUGGAGCGGGCGGAGCAGGCCGAAGGGCCGAAGGAGGAUACUGCGAGCCCAGUCGCGAAGAUCGCGAGGGACAUCAAAGCUGAUGACGAGGCCUAUAUGAAACGGGACGAGCAAGAGAAGAUUAGUGAUGACCAGACGUCUGCUAGCAAGGCAGAUCAGCCGUCAGCCACUCACGAAAAGGCCGCGGAGGAAGCAAGGGAUUCUGAGCCUGCAGAGUUGGAUCAGGGCGAGUCAGAGGCGGCGACGGGGCAAGAGGAGGAGCAGGAGAUGUGCCUUCCUCUGAGCUUCUCCACCGCAUACUCCAACAUCAAGGAGGAGCUGUUUGGGACCACAGAGCAUCUGCAGAGAUUCAAGAGACCUGUCCGGCGAGCAUGGAUGAAGAAUUUCAUUGAUGCGAAAGAGGACCAUGACUUGUACAAGCCUGGAAGGGUGAGGAUGUGCAACACCGAAGUUUGCAACGUCAUGAUCGUCGGAGUCAUCCUCCUCGCCGGGUUUGGGCUGCAUAUCCUUCUAUCCACUCUUGUUUUCCCUUUGCAUGUACAGUAG